UAGAGUGGUGUGAUGUUCCAUCUCUUGCAGAAGUGAAGUAGAUGUGGCCGGUGGUGUGCAUGGUCGGGAGUUUCGUCAUCCAAUGCCGAAGUGGCAUCUGUCUUGGUCUUGGCAUGCAUGAUGAACCUCCAUUUCUCAGAUGUCCUCCGACUGGCUGGCAGUGGAGAACCAACAGGAACCAACCCAAGACGGACAAGAACGAGGCUUUUGAAAUCCAGCGAUGACGAAACAAAGGAACAAGGGACAACAGAAGGCCAUCAUCAAGAAACAAGGAAUCACAGAACAACCGACUGAAGCCCGAAUACCAUCAAUCAACCUACGGACGAAGUACUACUCGAUCGUCCCAUUGCAUUUGCUCUUCAUCCACUUCACCAUCUACUACCUGCCCGGCAAGAUCAUCAGCAGUCCCGAGGAUGGCCAAGCAGCAGCAGCAGCAGGAGGAGGAAGAUCCAUGAUUGGGCUGAACGUCGAGCAUCUCGUCCACCAUCCGAUUCGGUCCCUACUGGUCAUCAACCUCGGCACGCUACUCGUCCAGUUGUGGUUCACCAACUUCCUCCGUUCCUGGAGGAACUCCCUCGUCGGGCCAACUGCUUCCCAUGAGCCCUCCACCUCCGAGAAAUCCCAGCCGCUGCCCGAUAAACAUCGAUUGGCCAGACAGCUCAAGACGCUUUUCUUGAGUCUCAUCAGUGCCCCUCCGUCCGAGUUCCCCAAACGACUGGCUAAAGAACUAGACCCGAAGCUGCGCUCGCUGAUCUUCCGUUCAACCCUGCUGCUUAAGGAAGCCCUGCUCAUCAACACCGUCAUCCUCCUAGUCAUCACCGCCUUGCUCGUGCUCCUUGGUGCAUCUGCCUCAUCGCUGUCACAGCUGUUCAAGAACCUCGGCCUAGCCUGCUUCCUAGGCCUCCUGGGCUUCUUCCCGGCCUCGCUCUUGAUCGGAUGGAACCAGGCUAGAGAGAAGCCCAACUGGAUCCGGAUCUUCUCCGCCUUCCAACCCAAGAACGAGGUCGAAGUCGCCCUCCUCUUCCCCGCUUUUGGCGCCUGUUUCGGCACUUGGCUAGGCGCUAUCCCCAUCCCGCUCGACUGGGAUCGGCCCUGGCAGGCGUGGCCUAUCACUUGUCUCGUAGGCGCAUCCGUGGGUCACGCUAUCGGAUCGAUCGCCUCUAUCAUCCACUCCGCAUCCUCAUCCCAUUCCUAAAGAAGAAAUCAUCACUCGUGGGCUCUGUUCAAAAUUGCCAGUGGUGGAAAGCAGUGUUGUUCUACGCAUCCAUUGUCUCCAUGGAGAGGCAGAGACGCAACCUCCGACGAAUGCUGCGGUCUGUUAGAGUCACUCAGAGAAACAUUAUCGCAAGGAAUGGACCAAGGGAGGUCAAUGCAUACAAACAAUUGUACAAGACCCAGCUGUAUCUAAUACAACAAUCGAUGAAAGCCAAUCAGCCAAAAAUUUUUACAGAUUUAA